AACUACUUCACGUCGAAGUGGUCGGAUGACGGAAGUUUCUUUGUUAUAACAAUAACCCCCUAAGGCUCCCUAGAGAGUCAGACCAAUCUCCACUCUACCCAACAUCAAAACAACAAAAUACAAUCACCACCAUGCCUGUUCGAAUUCCCGCUGCACGAGGCUCUGAGACUGCCAUCUUUGGCAUGGCCGGCCUUGCGAGCUUCGCUCCAUUCUACAUGAUGCUUCCUGGCGCUGAGGAACGUAUCGCCUCACAGACCGCGAGAUGGGCCCCUCGCUGGGAGCGAAACAUCUCCCGUGUCGCCGCCCCCGCUGAGCGCUUCGCCCAGCGAGCCGAGCCCCGCGUUGCACGCACUGUCAAGAGGAUCGAGAGCCGAGUGCCUCUCGAGAAGAUGGCACAGAACGUCGACCGACGCAUCAAGAGGGGCAUCGACCGCAUGGGCAAGCAUGAAUGAUUGAAAUAGUCUUACAUAAAGACAUGUACUCUUACGAUUAUGACGGAAAUGGAAUUAGGAAUGUCAUCUUUCACGGAACAGGACAACUGAGUAAAUGAUACCAAUCAUUGAUGGAUGAUGCACGCCAUCAGAUAUAUCACUUGGUAGACCUAGUCUAGGUCUUGCGGCUGGUUGGUCAAGUCGCGUGGUUCGAGUCAUGCAUCGAUCCACCUUUAGAUAGCUUAACACGAAUGAGUUAUCAAAGUCAAGAUAUCCUAAUAGAUUCUUCAGUUUGUGUUUGUGAUAAUGAUACCGCAGUCGUAUCCUAAACAGCCGCCAUGCCCUGUAGGACUGCAUAAAACCCAAUAUCAGUCAUCUAAUAUCUGACUUCACGUUGCGCUUGCCAAACCGAGCGCAGACAUGCAACUAUGUAAUUAAACUGU